AUGGAGGCAGUAGAAGGCGUCCCAUGCAGGACUGGCAUCUGCGAUGGCGUCCUGUGCAUCCUGGCCACCCUUACUUGUGUGUUGGAAAUCGACCAUUUCGAGGCGCAGUGGCCAGCAGUGGCCCACAUUUUCUUCCACGAAGGCAUGCUCAGCUGCAUUGCCGGCAUGCUCGCACCAGACAGGGAAAAUCCCACGUUGGAAGUCUCUCCCUCUGGGUUGCAGCACGCUAUGGAUGCCCUGUUUAGGCUCGCCGUGCCCAUGAGCAAGGGGAACGACCAGGAAGCGCGGACGGCGUCUUCGGUAUUCGAGAGUAUUCUGCAUCUGCUGCAUGAAUCUCAUUUAAUGGCACUGGUCGCGUGGCCGGCCACUCUCGGCGGUGGUAGGCAGGGCGUCGCAAAAUUGGCGUCGCGGAUCUGCGGCUUCCUGCAGCAACACGUUCCCACCCCAGGCGCUGCGGCCGUCCCCGCGACGGCGUCCGCGCUGAGCCGCGUGAUGAAGGAGGAGGGUGGCAUGAAGGCGCUGCUGGGAGCCCUGGACAUGAUCAACACCGAGGACUGGGGCGGCCCUGUGUUCCUCGUUUCGCGCCUGGUGCUCGGCGACAACAGCCAGGCGGUGGCCUUUGUCUCCGCUGGGGGACUGGAGGCGGGCUUGAUGAAGAAGCUGCUGAGUGUCGGCACGCCAUGUCAAAUCCUGGUGGACACCCUGCUGAUCGUCAGCCAGCUGUCUCGCGUGAACCGCGACUACUAUGAGGCCAUCGCCAAGGCCGGAGUCCUGGGGCUGCUGAAGCCCCUCCUGACGCACGUCAAUGGCAACGUUCGGGCUCGCACGUGCAACCUGAUCGGCAACCUCUGCCGCCACUCGGGCUUCUUCUACGCCGCCCUGAAAUCCCACCAAAUGGUGCCCUUGCUCAUAGAGCGGUGCUCAGAUCCCGACACCCCGACGCGAAAGUUUGCGUGUUUUGCGAUCGGCAACGCUGGCUUCCAUAACCAGGUCCUGUACGACGAGCUGCGGCCCGCCAUCCCGGCGCUCGUUGGCCUCAUCCGCAACGAGCCCGACAACAAGACGAGGGCCAACGCCGCCGGUGCCGUCGGCAACCUGGUUCGCAACUCCCCGCUCCUGUGCAAGGAGGUCGUGGCAGCGGACUCCAUACCGGCGCUGCUGGACCUGAUCGCCAGCACGCAGGACCAGUGCGGCCAGGGGUCGCCCGUCCGCGUGGCCCUGUUCUCGCUUGGCAACAUCUGCGCCAACAGGGAGUGCCACCCGGUGGUGCUCAUGCACACGCCGGGCACCCUCAUCCUCAAGCUCAGGCACAGCCCGGAUGCCCAGAUCCAGAAGUACGCCGAGCGCCUCAUGUCGAAAUUGGACGGCAAGUUGGACCUGAGAUCGGUUGGCGGGGAGAUGGAUGUCAUGACCCCUUGCGGCGUGGAGGUGCGAGCCACGGGGGACGGGCCGGCACCGCCUUCGUCGUGA